AUGGCGCAACAAUCGGCGCUUCACGCGCUGUCGCACAGCCUGUCCACAUCCGAGUUGGCCGCCGCCGGGGCCGCAUUUCCGUUCGGAAAACUGCUAACAACAUUGCUGAUGGUGGCCCGCCCGGCUUCGGAUCCCCGUUCGGCGCUCGUCAUCGACGCGUCGCUCCUGAUUCUGGCAGCCGUCAUCGGGCUCGUCCCAAGCUGGUUCUUCCUAUCGGUCGCUCGAUUUUUCAUGGGAGCCGGAGCGGGGCUGGGAUUCGUCUGUGCACCCGUGCUGCUCACCGAAUUGGUGCCCUACCGGCAACGCCCCGGCCAUUUCCUUGUGCUCGGGCUCGCGUUUUGCGCGUCGACGCUAAUCUCGAAUUUGUUGCCGAUCGUCCAGUCGGAUGCGUACGUCGUCGUGCUGUGCACCUGCAUCUUUAGCGCCGUCACCGGAGCGGCCUAUAUCUGGCUUCGCCCGGGCCCGAAAAACGACGAAGCGUUGAUGGGAGAAGAUGAGACGUCUUCACCGAUUCGUCUACUCCAAUCACGACACCGUAGUGGAAGACCAUUUGUGCUCAUUGCUGUGCUGAUGUUGCUCAACGUGACAAUCGGUGUUCCGGUGAUCCUCGCCUAUUCGGUGCUAUUGUUUGGGGAAUUUGGGGCAAACGAGCAGCAAUCAUUCACGCUUGGCAUCGCAUUUCCCAUCUGCCAAAUGGUCGUCCUCGGACUGUUGCAUCACUUUGAUUCGUUGGACAGGCGUCUUUUGGUGGUGGGCGGAUACGGGAUCUCGGUUUUUGUGCAAUUUCUGCUGCUCCUCACCAGCGCCUACGAUUUGUUGCCCGUUGAGCAAAAAUCGUUGUUCAUGUGCUUCUGGCUGUUCGUGUUGGCGGUGGUGACGGCCGUGCCCUGCAACACGGCCCUAUGCGUCAUUUCCGAGCAAUACACGUCAGCAACGGAUCGAUUACGAUAUGGAAGUGCGGGAAGGGCGGUGAUGUGGCUGGCAACGGCUGUUAGCACGAGCACGUUCAUGGGAGCGUCGCGUAGCUACGGGUUCACGACGGCAUUUGCCCCGUACGCGGGAUGUUCAUUGUUGCUGCUCGGCUGUCUCGUCGUACUGUAUCCGCGCAACAAA